GGUCCCUACCCGAUAGCGGAUGUGGUGACUCGGUCCGGGUCAAAUGCAUGGGGAUGAGCAGCACAGCGAGCUAGAAUCUGGCCCAAAUAGGGAUGAUAACUUGAAGAUUCCACUUGUUGAAUCAAUCGCAAAAAGCACCGCGUUAUCGUAGAGAUCUGGUUAAUCAACGUUUUCAACAUGGCUUCUAAUCCCCCUGGACAAUGCUGCGCAGCUGGAUUCCUCCACGAAGGAACUCCGAUAGGAAAGCUCAUCACCAUUGAGAACGGGAUUCAGGCCUAUCUGGCUUCUCCUUCCGCCUCAAAAGCCCAUGAUGGCGUUGGCCUCCUGUACGUGCCAGAUAUCCUCGGUAUCUGGCAGAACAGUAUGCUCAUGGCCGACGCGUAUGCGAGAGAGGGUUAUACUUGCCUUGUCCUGGACUUGUUCAACGGCGACCCUGCUGCCUUGAACAUGCUGGAAAACUUUGAUAUUAUGAGCUGGUUAGCGGGGGGCUCUAGCGGCGAUAACCCGCAUACGAAGGAGUUUAUUGAUCCCAUCAUCGUUUCCGGCAUCAAAUACUUGAGGGAUAGUGGGGUGACGCGUAUUGGAGCUGCCGGAUACUGCUUCGGUGCCAAGUAUGUCAUCCGCCAUUACAAGGACGGCAUUGAGUGUGGAUUCGUCGCUCACCCCUCGUUUGUCGAGUCCGAGGAACUGGCUGCCAUCACCGGGCCAUUGUCAAUCGCGGCAGCAGAGACGGACACCAUCUUCCCCAUGGAGAAGCGCCACGAGUCGGAGAAGAUUCUCAUCGGAACCAAGCAGGACUACCAGAUCAAUCUAUUCUCCGGUGUGGAGCAUGGGUUCUCCGUCCGGGGCGACCCCAACGUCAAGGUGGAGCGGUUUGCCAAGGAGCAAGCCUUUCACCAGGCAGUUUCUUGGUUUGACAGCUACCUGGUGGACAAGAGAGAGUAUGCGACUAAACCCUAGUUUCUAGACAGACGAAAUAUAUCGUUCAACAUUUAGAAGUAUCAUAUUCGUCAUAGAGGAGGUUAUGAAUGCUCGGGAAUCAAACUAGUAAUGAUUUUCAAAGAGAAUCUGAUUAAUGACUACCUUCACCAAUCCGAG